CUCUUGUUUUCCAGGUUUCAAGCUCCAUCCCUCCCGAUAAAGAGGGGAAAAGGGAGCAUGAAUCAGGCGGCGAGGAGCGAAAGAGAGGGAGAGAUGAGCGGCGGAGAUCUGCGGCUGCCACCAGGGUUCCGCUUCCAUCCGACGGACGAGGAGCUCGUGAUGCACUACCUCUGCCGGAAAUGCGCCGCCCUGCCCCUCGCCGUGCCCAUCAUCGCCGAUAUCGACCUCUAUAAGUUCGACCCCUGGCAGCUUCCUGGGCUGGCUUCGUAUGGGGAGAAGGAGUGGUAUUUCUUCUCGCCGAGGGAGAGGAAGUAUCCGAACGGGUCGAGGCCGAACCGGGCGGCCGGGUCGGGGUACUGGAAAGCGACCGGGGCAGACAAGCCGAUCGGGACGCCCAAGCCGGUGGCGAUAAAGAAGGCAUUGGUUUUCUACACGGGGAAGGCGCCCAAAGGGGAGAAGACCAACUGGAUCAUGCACGAGUACCGGCUCGCCGACGUCGACCGCUCUGCCCGCAAAAGCAACAGCCUCCGGCUGGACGAUUGGGUUCUGUGCCGGAUCUACAACAAGAAAGGCGGCGGGGACCAGAAGGCGGCCGGUUCGAGGAUGGCUGGGCUGCCGGAGCCGGAGCCGGAGCCGGAGCGGAAGCCGGUGUUCGCCCAGCACGUGUCGGAGCUGGGGUACUUUGACCCGGCGGAGUCGAUGCCGAGGCUGCGCACGGACUCGAGCUGCUCGGAGCACGUGCUGUCGCCGGAGGUCGCGUGGGAGAGGGAGGUCCAGAGCCAGCCCCGGGCGGCGUGGAGCCAGCGGGAGAAGGCCCUCGAGGUUCCGGUUACCAACGAGGGUGCUACUGCCUCGGCCGGCGGGGUCGAGUUCUUUCCCCAGCUCGAACCGGUCUCGCUUGAACCGGGUUUCAGAGACCAGUUCCAGGACAUCCUCAUGUAUCUGGGCAAGCCCUUCUGAACCGGCACGUGACAGGGAGUACGCACUGCUAAUGUACGCCGUAGUGAUGGAGUAUGUAUUGACUCGGGGUGACUCAGGCGAGCCGCCAUGGAAUCGGAUGGUGUUGGACGGUGAUCAGAUGGCGAUGAUGUGGCGGCGAUGAGACCGCGUGGCUCCGAGUCGUGGGUCCGUGUAGUCCUACGUUUAAGGAAGUCUGUGUACAUAAUUGUUAGUUAGUGUAAUGGGCGGGUUAAAUAAAUUUCAUUUCCUGUUUAAUUAUUUUCUAUUUAAUUCAAAGCUAUCAUAAGCUAA